CAGAGAUAUAUCUAUAUCUCUGCUAAUAACCCAUGGAAGGAGUGUAGAGAGAGACUCACGGGAACGUUUGUGAGAUAGAAGAUAAUCAGCUGAUUCGAAGCAAAACAUUGGCAAAUGUUCUCUGUAGUCUAUACGUGAAUCGCUAGUUUUUGAGUUUUAUUUGCACUUUUCCUCAUUUUUGUGAAAUUAUUAUUCACCUCUGAUUUUUCGAAAUGGUAAAGUCGUGUUCGGCUUAUAAUUGUACGCAAAGGUACAGAAAAGGCAAUGGGAUUUCAUUUUUCUCAUUUCCCAGUGAUUCAAAACUGAGAUCCCUAUGGGUCUUAGCCAUGAAAAGGGAAAAUUUUGAGCCAACAAAUUCUACUGUAUUAUGUAGUAACCACUUUCUUGAAAGUGAUGUGGUCAGACAAUUCGGCCAAAUCAAACUGAGAGAAGGUUCAAUUCCCUCAAUUUUUGAUUUUCCUGAUCACUUGAAAAAAAGAACACCCAAACCAAGAAAAAUCAGGAAAAGAUUAGCUGAGAAGGAGAUUCAAGCAGAAUCUACUUCUGAAGAGAAAAAACUCAAGCUGGAUCUUCCAUCAACUAGUUCUGAAAACUACUCUGAGCCUGUGAAUAUCAAUGCCAAGGAUUGCUCUGAAAAACCUCAGGUUCAAAAGAAAAUAAGGAGGAGGCAUUAUUUUGGAGACGUAAAAUAUUCUGCACUCAAAACAGCUGAAGCCAAAAUGGUUUGGAAUAUUGCCAAUAGGACUAUCGAAAAAAUUAGAAAGGAAAAUAAUAAAUUAAGAACUAAAAAACAUAAAUUGCAGAGCAGGGUGACAAAGCUGAAAGAACUUAUAGUGCAUUUGAAAACUUCUAAAAAUGUCUCUCAAAAUUGUUACGACAUAAUGCAGGUAAAAGACAAGUAUGAACUGAAGGCCUAUAAAGAAUCAUUGACUAAUGAAAAUUGAUGCAUGUUGAAGAAGUGCAUGUGUUUUAGAAUUUUAUUUUAUUUUGGCUCAGUAAGGAUGGUGCCCCCUCUUCCCAGAAACCAACUCGAAGGUAUAGCUCACAUAUUUUUUUCAUUUCUACAUAUCUGGGGUAAGUAUAUAGGUAAGUAAUCUUUGAAUCUUGGUAUGCCAUGAAAUUUUUUUUCAGAUUUGUGGGUCAAAGAUAUUUGAAUUAGUUUGUGAUUCACAUAAAAUAUUUUAUGUUACAGGAAUGUAUUCCGAAGGCUGAACAAGAGUUAGUGUUGAGACAACUCAAAGUUUCAACAAAUAAGGAAUAUCCUGAGCAGUUGAGAACAUUUGCUCUUACUCUCAAUUUUUAUUCGACUUCUGCAUAUAAUUAUGUGAGAAGUAUGUUUUCAAAUUGUCUACCACAUCCUAAGACUUUAUCAAAAUGGUAUAAAACUGUGGAUGGAUCACCAGGCUACACAACAGAGUCCCUAAGAGCAAUUGAACUCAAGUCCAGAGAAAUGAAGAAA